UGAUGUUCCUGUUAGUAAAAAAUAUCAUCGUUUAAUCAAACAACUGGAAUUUUUGAUGAGGAUGAUGAGAAUGACGAUGAAUAGACAGGCUCGAGCACUCGCUUAGGGAUGAAUACGGAAAAUCAGAUCAGCCUCAAGAGCCAUCUCGGACUCGAGUUGGCCUGUCCGGCAGGAGCGCAUGCGCACUGCGCGCCCCGCUGCUUUCCUUUUCAGCAGCUGCUCGGAGGAGCCGGAAUUCCAACAUGGCAGUAUCGGUGGUGGUCAGUCUCACCCGCAAUAACUUGGAGCGGCUCCAAAACACCAGCGACUGAGACCAGGACUGGACGGAGCGGAAGUCUCGCGCGCUUCCCCGACGAGCAUAGCCGGUCGCCAAAAAAGCGCGUGACGGCUCCGCUGUCUCCUCACAUGAACAGCGACAUGAUGAGCAGUGUAUAUGGCGUGACGAUGCAGUGGGCCCCUGAACAGACGCAGUGGGCGGAGCAGCACUAUGACAUCACAUCCACCACUCGCUCCCCGGCACGCAAGUUCGAACCUUUCCGCAGUCAAAGGUUAACCAGUUCAUCUUCAGGCACAGUGUACCAUCAUUCCUGGGCUAAUGAUGACAUCUCAGCGCUGACAGCCUCCAAUUUGCUAAAACGAUAUGCAGAACGUUACUCCACCAUUUUGGACCUCCCCUGCGACAACGGACUCAUCGGAUACCCGGACCCUACCAUUUCGGCUGGGGUAAACGGACCUAGCGUUGUUAACAGAGCUCCACCUUUGCUUACGGGCCGCAAACUGGAGGCAGAGCCCUGGCUUGAGAGCGUGUACCCUCCACUGAGCUGCGUCCCAGAACUGGUCCCCAAAGCACCGUUGAGCGUAUCAGACUUGCCUGCAAGUGUGGGUAGCUCCCCUGGUGUUGGAGCCGGUAGCUUGCCAGAGUCCAGUUUCUCUAGCAGUAACUGUGGGAGCCAAACUAGUGCCCAGGAAUACAGCAGCACCCUGUAUAGUGCCCCUUACUUGCACUCUGUGGGACCCUAUAAUGGACCACUUCUCCACCCAGUUGCCUCCCAUCCCAACUUGGUGCCAACGUAUGGUGCUAAUGCCUCACCCAGCCUUCCUACCUAUGGCUACCCAAGCACUGGAUACCCCUAUAGUCCUCCGUCCCCUUCUGCCGCCUGCCUUUCUACCAGCAUUGCACCAGCUACACCUCUACCAGCAUCCAGCAUGAGUGGCUACUCUUACCCAACUACCAGUCUGGCACCAUUGCCUGCUAGUGUUGCAGAUAAUGGUUCCCCAAGUUCGGGGAGCCUCGGCAAGCCCUACUAUUCAGCUGGACCAGGGGACAUAAGGUCAUUCGAGGAGUUUGGUUUCGGUGGUACUUCUAAUUCGGACAGUCAGUCAGCGAGCAGUCCGCUCUACAGGCCACCGGGGGGAAAUGAGGGCCACAAGGGAAACGGGUACGAGCAGUCGAGCGAUGCACCAUCUCUGGUCUUUAAACCUACCAAUCCCAGUGACUCUCUCCGUAGCCUUGAGUCUCUCGCUCAAGGUACUGCUGCAUCUGGACAGUGCUUUGCAGCAACCUCCUGCUCAGCCACCUCGUCGAAUCUGUACUCGUCUGCCUCAUCGCACACACACCUCUGCCUCGACACACACACGCCAUGCUGAAUCCUCACCCUCGGAAGGAGCAGUCGAAGGAGUUAGUGUUAGUGUUUUGGCUCUGAGGAUGUGCACCGGCGCGCCCCCCCGGUGCUCUGGAGGGUGGCAUUGCUUGAGCACAGCUGUAGGAGGUUGUUCAAUUCAUGGAUGUGUAGUCCUUACACACACUUACAUGUGUUGGCUUGUGGUUUGUGCUUGGGAUGGGCUGUCCAGAGACACAGCAGAAGUAGGACUCAUGGAGCUGUGGCCAGACUGAGCAUGCUCUGAUCGGAGGUGCUGAAUAAAGGACACCCAGGGACCAUUGGCUGGGGACAUACACAUACACAGUGUGUGCCAGUCAAAGGCGUGCCUUGAGGAACACCUCAUCAGGACAAAGAGAUGAAUCGAAUGGACAAACAGAACGGUGUAGAACUGAAGGACACAAAGCUAGACACUGAGAAAUGGGGUUUAUGAAUGUAUCGUAUGUGAGUGAUGAAUAUGCAGUAUACUGUAGUGGCUACGGAAACUCAGAGGCAUGAUUACCCAUCAUUUGGUGUGAGGUUUCUCCAUUCCAGACUUGGCAGACUCCCAUGUUUUCUUUUCGUUAAGGGAUAACUUUAGUCCGAAAUCAGAUGUGUCCAAUUUCCCAAUUACUCCAAAUGUGGUUGUUAAACCCGGUCAAGUGGAGUUCACUAAAUCUAUCAGGCGAACAUUUCUAACAAGAAUCGGAAGUCUAGCUUUACGACUUUAUGAUAAAAGUUCUGUUGUCUCAUGCUGCUUUAAAUAUUAUAAAAGCUCAUAAUCUUCGGAACCGAAGAAAUCACCAAAUUUUAGAAGAACAAUUACCUUGUGUUCACACUAACGAUGAAUAAUAUGGAAAGUUGUUUGCUAUGAACGUGUGCAAGAUAGAGCCAGAAAUUCAACAGACAACAGUAGCACUACAGCCACAAAAGACAAGCAACACAAGUGAUUUAUCACUCAAUAAUGUGUUACACAGUUACAGGGUUACACCACAUUGCGCUAAAGAAAAAAUGAUCCUGAUUGUCCACAACUCCGUUGAAGGCACUCUAUAGAUUACAACCGAGAUUGUGGGUGACAGAUUUCUCUAAGCAGGCUACAUUAUCCUCAUAGGGAUAAUCAAAACUAAAGAAGAAGAAACAAAAGGCACAUGCCAAAAUGCGACUGAUUACAUUUGAAGUGGAAAAUUAUUUACAUCUGAUUUCCCACCAACCCAUGACUCAUUUUAACCUCAGAUACUCAGAUAACCAAACCGCCAGCAUUAUCGGACCCGAAAAUGUGUACAGUGCCUCAGAUUGCUGUGUUAAGGGUUUGUCUGUGGAGUUAUGUAACGAGACUAUGAGUUAAAUCCGAUGUGUUAUUCCAGCUGUGUUUAACAGUGCAGAGUCUCCCAGAUGUUAAGUUGAACGGUUCAUGAGCAUACUCUCAACCUAGAGAGUACUCGGGCUACUCUGUGUGUGUGUGUGUGUUUUAUGUGCUUCAUUAAAUCAGACUCGAGAAACAAGACAUCCUCCUUCCAUUCAAAGAGCUACAAAAUUCCACAGAUUUGUGUGUGUGUGUGUGUGUGUGUAAUUGAGUGAGAGAGAACCUCAGGAAAGAAUUUGUAAAUUUGUACAGUUCCUCAGAUUGUUGUGUUGAGGGUUUGUGUGCUAGUGUUUUGUUAAGGCUUUCUGUAUACCCGAAAAAUAGUGCCACGUUUAUGUAUCUCCAAGCAAGUAGUGCAAAUGGAGCCGUUUCGCUGAAUGUACAAAGACAUUAUACCAAGUUGCUACAAAAACUUAUGCCAGAGUGUCCGUUUCUUUAUUGAUCCGAUUUGGGUUUUAAUAUAUUCACCGAUCGGGCUGCGUGAUUCGAUUUACACAUACACAGAUCGGGCAUAACAUUAUGACCACCUGCCUAAUAUUAGUGUUAGUUCCCCUUUAGCUGCCGAAACAGUCCUGACCCGUCCUGCACUGUGUAUUCUGACCCCUUUUUAUCGGAACCAGCAUUAACUUCUUCAGCAAUCUGAGCAACAGUAGCUCGUCUGUUGGAUCGGAACACACGGGCCAGCCCAUGACCCUGUCACCGGUUCACCACUGUUCCUUCCUUGGACCACUUUUGAUAGAUACUGACCACUGCAGACCAGAAACAACCCCACAAGAGCUGCAGUUUUUGAGAUGCUCUGACCAAGUCGUCUAUCUGCCAUCACAAUUUGGCCCUUGGUCAAACUCCCUCAAAUCCUUACGCUUGUCCAUUUUUCCUGCUUCUAACAUCAACUUUGAGGACAAAAUGUUGACUUGCUGCCUAAUAUAUCCCACCCACUAACAGGUGCCAUGAUGAGGAGAUCAUCAGUCUUAUUCACGUCACCUCUCAGUGGUCAUAAUGUUAUGCCUGACAUUAUAGAAAAAGUGAGCGUGUAUUAGAUCUGCACAAGGACUAGGACUAGGACAGUCAUCAUCCUUUUAUAUUAUUUUAUAUUAUGUGAUUUUAAUUCAUUAAGAACAGAUUUUUUUCAAUGGUUUUGUGCACUGAAAAAAAUGAACAUGUGGUCAGUCAGAUUUUAGAAAAAAUAUUACAUAUAGUUUUAACGUGAUUUCAUCGCUUAUGCUAAACUUCAUUUAAACACGUGUUUAAUGACUAUAUCGAAAGCUGUACAGUGAGAGUGAUCAAUUCACGUAGAGUGUGAAAUCUCACGAGGAUGUUGCCAAAGAUUGGAUCUACUGUAUAACCAUAAUACUAAAUGUGUACCUAUGUGGUUGAAACACUAGCAUCGUGGGUUCGAGUCUCAGCUCAGGUGCAAGCAUGAGUUACAUCCUGGAUCAUUAAAGGAUUCAAUGUCAUGAAUAUACACAAAAUAUCUGAUGUUAUUGAACCAGGGGUUGAAUCUAUUAAAAAAUUACAUUGGUUGCUAAGGGCAACCCCUUAACAUGAUCACGAUGCUUCCUCCACCAUGCUUCAUUCUGAGGGGUUCAUUUAGUGGCUUCAUGAUACCUA